AGGAGCAGGCAGCGUCCAGUGUUCUAGACUCCAAUUAAGUUGUGUAACCGGUUAUCUAAUAACUAAUGAUCAUUAACGUAGGUUCGCCCUGUCUUAAGGUUAAAGAUUAUAAGGUACUAAGAGACGCCGGAACCGGCUGAUCGUCCCACAGCAGCGCGGAGCCACCGGCACUCAGCACGCUGAGUCUUUAGUCGUCCUUCCACAGCUCUCUUCUCUUCUCUUCUCUUCUCUUCUCUUCUCUUCUCUUCUCUUGUUCUGCUUUCCUUCUUAACCGACCCUGCCCUUGUUGUGUGCUUACCUUCGUGUCCUAGUGAAACUUCGCACCGCGCUGUUGUGACAGCACACACAGGCACAGUGUCAGUGUGUGUGUGUCAAACACCCCGCAAUGAACUUCAGUGCAGCCAACAAAUCAAAUGGAAAAACAUUCCUUUUUACCUCCGAGUCGGUGGGGGAAGGACAUUCGGAUAAAAUGUGUGACCAAAUUAGUGAUGCUGUCCUUGAUGCCUACCUUGCUCAGGACCCAGAUUCAAAAGUGGCCUGUGAAUGUGUGGCAAAGACGGGAAUGAUCUUGCUGUGUGGAGAGGUCACUUCAAAAGCUGUUGUGGAUCUUCAAACUGUGGUCAGAAACACUAUCAAGAAUAUUGGAUAUGAUGACUCCUCCAAAGGGUUUGAUUAUAAGACGUGCAAUGUGUUGGUGGCCCUUGAACCCCAGUGUAAAGAGAUCAGUGACUGUGUGUUUGAAGGCAAGAAUGAGGAGGACAUUGGUGCAGGAGACCAGGGUCUGAUGUUUGGAUAUGCCACUGAUGAAACUGAGGAGUGCAUGCCGUUGACCAUCUUGUUGGCUCACAAGCUCAAUGCCAAGAUGAAGAUGCUGUCAUGCAAUGGCAUGUGUCCUUGGAUAAGACCAGACUCCAAAACCCAGGUUACUGUGGAAUACCGUGAUAAUAUGGGUGCAGUGGAACCUUUGCGGGUGCACACAGUGGUGAUUUCUGUGCAGCACAGUCCUGACAUCACAUUACAAGAGAUUCGCCAUGGCCUGAUGGAGAAAGUGAUAAAAGAAGUCAUCCCUGCUAAAUACCUUGAUGACAAGACUAUAUAUCACCUUCUGCCAAGUGGCAAGUUCAUUAUUGGUGGCCCACAGGGUGAUGCAGGACUCACAGGUCGUAAGAUUAUUGUGGACACAUAUGGUGGAUGGGGUGGCCAUGGAGGAGGCGCCUUCUCUGGGAAAGACUAUUCUAAGGUGGACAGAUCUGGAGCCUAUGCUGCUCGCUGGGUUGCCAAGUCUCUGGUGAAGGCCAAACUGUGCAGAAGGGCUCUAGUUCAGAUUUCCUAUGCUAUUGGUGUGAAGCAUCCGUUAUCCAUCUCUGUGUUCCACUAUGGCACUUCAUCCAGAGAUGAGGAUGAACUACUGCAGAUUGUGCAGAACAAUUUUGACCUGCGUCCUGGGGCGAUCAUAAGGGAGCUGAAUUUGAAAAGACCUAUCUACCAGAAAACAGCAUGUUACGGACACUUCGGAAGGGAGGCGUUUCCGUGGGAGAAGCCAAAGCCCUUGGUCUUUUAA